AGGGCUCUUCAUGCAUCUCUCGUCACUGGCGGCUCAUUAUGGGGAUUUAGUGCUGAAGAUGAAUUUUAAGAUCGUCUCAGCCUCGCUCGUUGGAAACAUGACUGACAUGAAUGGACCUGGAGUUACUCUUCAACCCAAACGCCCUGCUUUAUCCUGGGGAGUGAAGAUCAGGAGGAAAUUAACGUCUGUGGCUCCGUUUCUUGGCAAAUUCCGGCCGCUGGUGGGACAGUGCUGCCAUCAGUGCACGCCGGAGAGUCUGGGACGGAAGCUGCUGAGGAACGCUCCAUCUCUCGGCUUCCAGAACCUUCUGUGUGUGAAUGAAACCCAAACCAGGUAUCGGGGAUGGUUGGUGAGGAGAGUGUGCUGCGUGUUGUUCAUCUGCAGUCGUAAAGUUCACAUCAGUCCUGCUGGAGACCGUCGGCGUCGGAUCUGUAGCACAGACAGAGUAAAGCAAGUCCUGAAGUCACACGGCGAGAUGAAGGGGUGUGAAGAGGACGCCAGAGUGAUCCUCUCUCUCACCGAAAUAUCUCAGUCUUCAAGUCUGAUUCGGUUGGUGGGCUGGCUGCUGUUGAAGUUUUUCUCUCUGGUGUUCUGCAGCGUGCAGGUGAAUCUGAACCACAUGGCCGCUCUGCAUCGAGCCGCUCAGCUGAACGUCCCCUUGGUGUACGUGUAUGUUCAUCAGAGUGCAGUUGAUCAGGCUUUGAUCUCUCUGACUCUUCUUUCUCACAACCUGAGAGUUCCCUACAGCAUCUACCCGGCUCGAGUACACAGCACCUGGAUGAGGGUCAUCCUUCAGAACCUGGGCACCAUUUUCCUCCCCGAUCACGCAGCCACCGAGCAGGAGGCAGAAGCUCACAGCUUGUACUCGCCCAUCAUGACCUCGCUGGUCGGCGAGCUGCUGACGGCAGGAGAGAGUCUGAGCGUGGGCAUGUGUGAGGAAAGCGGAGGUGGCGGACAGUGGCUGGCAAGGAUACGCCAGGCAGUCCUUGAUGGCCUGGUGCCUGAUGUGAGCCUGGUGCCAGUGGGAAUCUCCUACGACUGUCCUCCAUCCCAGUCGACACAACCGCAGCUCUGUGUGCUGUCCGUGCUGAGGUUUGUGCUGCGCUCUCUUUGGAGUGCUGAUGAAAGGGGAGGUGUAAGGAUCCAUUUCUCACAGGCUUUCUCUCUCAAGGAGAUGUGUGAGAGUGGGAAGUGUCGAGUGGACGGACGGCGCCUCCUACAGGAGCUCCUGUUACCUGCUGCCCUGCACAACAGGACGGACACCAUAUUCGGUCAGAAGGACGUUUCCUGGCUCCUGCCCCCCAGUUUUUUGCCAGAACUGUCCCAAAGCGAGAGGCAAAUGACCAUCGCUUUGACUUUGCACCUGAUGCACUCGGUAACCCACAGCAUGGCUGUGAUGUCCACUGGCAUUGUGUCCUGUCUGCUUCUUCAUAAACAUCGCCGGGGGGUGCGGGUCGGUGUGCUGUGCAGGGAGGUGUGUUGGCUGCUGGAGGAGGUUUUGUUCAGACGCACCGACGUCGGAUUCGGAGGCUCUCUGCUCAACGUGGUGUAUCACGCUCUCUCUGUGCUACACCCUCACCUGCUGCUGGCUGCAGUGCCCCCUACAGGAGAGCCGCUGGUAGCCGCACGACCGGACCCGCUCACCCUGCUCACGCUGAGUCGGCACAGUGCGCUGCUCACUCGCAUCUUCAUCACCGAGGCUGUGGGAGCGUGUGCUGUCUCUGCGAUGCUGUGUGAAGUAGCAGGCUGUGGUGGAGGUGGAGGAGAGAUGGAGUUUGAUGUUGCGCUUGGUCAGGAGGAACUGACAGAUAAAAGCCUGCAGCUUACACACCUUCUGCCUGUGGGCUUUAUACCACCAUGCCAAACAGCUCACAGUUUUGCUCUGGAUGCCGUGGACAGCAUGGUGCGCUGCGGGAUCCUCAUCAUGGAGGAGUUACCUCGGGAGACGCCAGUGUGUGAUUUUUGGAAAAGGCAGGGUGUUCUCUCAUGGAGUGCUACGGACGACCCUAAUUGCAGCAGUGACUCGGAGUGUGAGGAAGCCGACCCGCGAUCGUACAGGUUGAGUCAGCCGUCUCAGUGCCCCAAGCUGCUGUUCUUCCUCUGCAGUUUACUGAGUGUACAGCUGAGGGCGCUCUGCUGGGCUCUAGAGUGUCUGAACCUGAUGCCCUUCCCCAUUACAGAGUCCGAGUGUGUGAUUCAGCUCCACUCGCACCUGAGAAACAAAGCCCAGCUGGAGCGGGUGCACCACGAGAGCUCUUCAGUACAGUUGGCUGGGCUGGCACUGCGUACCCUGAUGGACCUUGGGGUGCUGAUGAAGGCUGAGCAGAGUGAAGAUGUGUGUGUGAAGAUCAGCCCUCUGUUCCUUCAGCCUGAGAACAUCAACAGACUUCAUCAGUUCGUCUCUCAGUUCCUUUACUGACGCAGGACAAACAAACGGAUCAGAACUGUUCUGCUAGGUGAUUGUUUCAGUUUUAGUGAGAACUUCACCAGCCUUGAGUUUUGGAAGCACAAAAAAUAUCUCAGAAAUGUGCUGGAAAUGUGAUUUAUUUUGGUUAUAUUAUUCCUCUUUUUAUUAGCGAAUUAUUUAAUAAGUUCAGUUCUGUUUACUCAGCCAGUUCCAGACCAGGUUGUGGGUCUUGUUUUCAGUUCCGAAUUUGAAGAGAAAACUAAGAAAAAUGUAGAAACUUUUACUUUUGUUGAAUCGAAAUGGUUGUUAGAUGACGAUUGCUUUUGCUUCGAGAGAUCAAUACACUUCUUUUGUUCAGCACGA